AUGGGUCUCGCCGCUCGCACUGCUGUCGUGUCAAGGGUCACAAACGAGACUAAGAUCCAAGUCUCCCUUUCCCUUGACGGAGGCGUUCUCCCACCUUACGAACCCACUACCCACUGGGAAGCCCCGACAGACCCCCAAGAAGCCGAGGCCGCAAAGAAAGGCAUUGUCCCCGAGAAAGGAUCCGGCCAUGCCACACAGUUCACACCGACUCAGCAAGUUACCAUCACCACCGGUAUUGGCUUCUUGGACCACAUGCUCCAUGCGCUGGCCAAGCACUCAGGAUGGAGUUUAGCAGUGCGGGCCAAGGGUGAUCUCUUCAGUACGUAUUAUAUCGCGAAAACAAAGAAGAAGAAGAAACAAGUGCCCAUAACUAACCUUUUCACCGCAGUUGACGACCACCACACCACAGAAGAUACCUUCCUCGCUCUCGGCACAGCAUUCACUCAAGCCCUCGGCGCCCGCCAAUCCCUCACCCGCUUCGGUCGCGGUGAUGCGCCUCUCGACGAGGCCCUCUCCUGGGCAGUCAUCGAUCUCUCCAGCCGACCAUACGCCGUGAUCAACCUCGGCUUCAAGCGCGAGAAGAUCGGCGACCUGAGCACAGAAAUGAUCACUCAUGGUCUUGAGAGUUUUGCGCAGGCCGCCGGUGUGACGCUGCACAUUGGUUGUACCUACGGCGAUAAUGAUCACCACCGUGCGGAGGCUGCCUUUAAGGCCUUGGCGGUUGCUGUUCGAACUGCUUGCUCGCGGAGACUUGCGGGUGAAGUUGGAGCUGGAGAUGUUGUUAGCACCAAGGGUGUGCUAUAG